UACAAAAGAAAAAUAUAUAUGAGACUUGUUCCUGACAAUAUAUAGCUAUUUUCAGAAAAUUUAAGAGAUAUGGAUUUUAUCAUUUUUAUCGUUUAGUUUCAAAAUGGCGAGGUUUAACACUGAAAUUAGACGAUUUGAUUACCCAAACUCAGGUUUAAAUAAGCCUGAAGAACUAGGGUGCUUCUCAUUAGAUAUUAACAGAGAAUUUCACGAUGAUAACAGCCAGAGGAAAUAUUUCAUUAAACCUUCAAAUUUUGAUGAUGUUAAAUUUGAUCUGACAAAAGGAUACGAGAGAAUGGUGAAAAGAGAUGAAUUUAAGGACGAACAGAUCGACCAUCUUCUGAAAUGGAUAAAAAAUCAUAAGCAGGGAAAUAUGCAAACCAACUUCAUAUGCCGCAGGGGUUUGUUAAAUCGUUUAAUGCGUACCCCGUAUGCGAAAAAAGAUGACUGGAAGUUCGCAGUGACUCUCCACAAAGGCACCUACUACCUUUGUGAAUGCCCCACUGACCAGAGUCUGGCAACAAUAAAACAAAUGAUGGGAGAAAAAGACGAAGAGAUGUGUGGAUGGGGUUGCAAGUUUGAGCAGUAUCUCACCGCAAGUUCCCCAGAUUCCGAUCCAACUCCAGACCUGCAAUAUAACAACUGUGAAAAUUUCUAUACAGUUGUGAAAGCCACGAUCGGCUCCCACACACUAGUGUACUCUGGUGAGGUUGAUGCUGUUAGUACGGAUGGAAAUUUUGGGGAACAUUAUGUUGAGUUCAAAACCAUGACACAUUCCGCGUUGCAGAGACCAGGUUUCAAAAGGUUCAAGCUCCGAAAUUGGUGGGCACAAAGUGUUCUUGUUGGCGUUCCCGAGAUCGUUGUUGGGCUCCGUGAUGAUGCUGGCAUUGUUACCAAGCUACAAACAUACAAAACUCAAGAUUUACCAAUGAUGGACAAUGUUCCAUGGAAGCCCAAUGUUUGCUUCAACUUCCUUGACCAACUCCUUGCCUUCAUCAAAUCUAAUGUGACGAUAGAUAAUCCAAGGCUCGUUUACAUCCUGGAGUUUUCAGGCUGGGAUGUGACUUGUACCCGGCAUCCAAUUGACUCCAAAUACGCUUUCCUGCAUAAAUGGUUUACUCAGUAGCCUGGAUUAUGUAGAGGUUUGCCUCUGAUCCAGAUCAAAUCGGUUCGAUGCAACGUGAUUGAUUCUGAUUAGGGCAGCUGAAAGAAUGAGAUUCGUACACCAUGUUAUAGACUUUAAAGAUACCAAAUGUUUGGUUAUACCAAAUGCUUCGACAUUAUUUAUUUUAAACUGUUCCUUAUUACAUUGUUCCUAUGGUGCACGUCCCUUGUUACAUCGUCCCUAUGCUGAACGUCCCUUUUUCAAUCGUUCCUAUGGUACACGUCCCUUGUUACACUGUGACCGUAUUUUCAUCCCAGUGUAGCGCAUUUCUUACUUGAGCUAGCUCAACUUAUUGACAAAGGUAUGUUUAUGCUCAAUAAUGAUACAAACAUAAAAUCAAUAUUUUCCAUGUUUGAAGUUCAAAUAUUCACAAAUAUCUAUGUCGUAGUUUUGAGUAACUUCUCCUCUGUAUGUUCCCUAUCAAAUUAUCUAUCAAAUCAUGGUUAACGUGUCCAGGUUAUUCAUUUCCUCCUGUUUCCCAUUUCUCUCGUGUCAAAUCCUUGGUCCAAUUUUAAUGACAUUGCCAUACAGCCAUUAAGAUAAUCCUUCAGAGAAUAUCACGUUCUCUCAGUUAAAGAAUAUGUGCUAAAUACGCCAGUCCAGUCUCUUCUGCAUCUGUUCUGGUUUCAUGAUGGACGGUGGCGUUGUCCUUAUUUCUCCCAGGCGAUGUAAAUGAAGCUUCUCUGUCUUUUUGUUUUGAAACAAGCAAAGUCCCAUGUUAUUUUUUUCAGCUCUUAUUUUUCUUAUGCUUCUAAAUCUGAAAACUCGUCCAGUCGUUAACGGUCAAGACAAUCUUAGGCUGCGAUUAAAACACAUAUUCAGAAGUAUUGUAACACAGUCUGGAAUUAACUCUGGAAUGAACCUAUGCUGAUCAGUAAAUAAUUAUUUAGCUGCUGUUAGAAGUAUUGAAGGUAGACGAUUUGUAAUCACCACAAUAAAACCUAAUGACUUUUCAACAAUUUUACCUCUAUAUCUAAGCAUUUCCUAAUCAAGAAAUUAACACCUCUAAUAACAAAAAGUAUAUACGCGAGAACAGACUACAUUAAAAGCAGUAAAUGAUAAAAAAACAAAACUUUUUUGGCUAAUGCUCAAUUAGACAAAUGAAUUAACUGGGCAAGCUCCGACGUCUGUGAUUGUUUUGCAUUUUUUUCCAUUCAUUAUAUUUGGACAUGAGUUUUAUCGGCAAACAGUAGGCAUUUCUAUGGGUGCUAGUUAUGCACCUUUUUAACUUGCAGAUCUUUUUAUAUUGUUACGAGAGUGACAUACUCAACAUCUUAGUUUGUGCGCUUUCUGAAAAAAUAACGGUACUUGAGGUUAAGUGAUGACAAUUAAAGUAUAGAUACUCCCUCAUUUACGAAAACUAUCAAAUAGAUAUAUCAUUCAGAAUAAAAACUUAAUAAAUUUAACACGUCUGACCAAGAUGCUUAGUUUAUAAAUCUUCAACUUGGAUUUACAGAUGGCAAAUUGACCAUCAAACUUUAUGACAAGAGGGUUGAUUUUAACUUUAAAAUUGGAAAUUAUCAUUAUUUGGACGGCGAUAUUCCGAGGUCCCCGCCCUACGGUGAAUUCAUUUGAAAAUUGGUAAGGUUUGCUAAGUUUGUUCGGAAGUGGAUAAGUUUUGUUUCUGUUGUUAAUUAAUGACUGGCCCUUGCCUUGUGCAGGGCUUAAUUUUGAAUGUUCGACUCCUAAAUUUGUCCCUGUAGUUUUCAUUGCAUUAUUAAUUCUCUGUCCCAUAUUUCUCACAGGAUGAGGGAAUGACAGGAGUUUUAGAAGUUGUACUGAUUGUGUAAUUUGUGCUUGAAUAUGUCAUACUUUCAUAAUAUAACAGCGUUUUUUAUUGAAUUUGUUAAUAAGCUUCUGCAUGCUUUUGAUGUGAUGUGUUAUGUAUUUUUGCCGGUAUAUUUUCUUUGAAUUAUUUCUUUAAACACUUGAAUCCAAAUAUUUAAAAGUUACGUUUUUUUACACGACUUUGUAAGUAAUACAAUUUUACUAACACUAUAACUUUGUAUUUUUAUAUUUCUUGGAACUUAUGUUAUUAAUUGUUUGUAAAAUCCAAAGAUCAGUUUACAUUUGAGUGGAAUAACAAACCAAUAUAGAUAUUUUUGA